AUGCACGUUGUACCGAAAGGUGAUUUGCAUGUUGCCAUUCAAUACGCGAAAGAAAUAGUAGCCAAAGCAAUGGCUGAAGCAGGCCCAUCUGGACUUGUAGAUGUUUCCUCCGUUUCUGUACUCAUCUUAGUGUACAUGAUUUUAGAAGCUCUCGCUAGGGAGGUGAAAGCACUCAGAAAAGAGAAUGAGGAGAUCAAAAAGGAAUUGGCCGAGUUGCGUGAGACGAUCGAAAGGUUUGCGCGUAUGAAUGCUAUUCCGAUGAAGGUAUUCUAUUCAAUUUCAGCUGAGAAAGCCGCUCCAGCAAAUGAGGCUAAGGAACCUGCUGCUGACGAAGACUUCGAUCUCUUUGGCUCUGACGAUGAGGAGGAUGCAGAGAAGGCCAAAGUUGUAGAAGAACGUCUGAAAGCUUAUGCUGAGAAGAAGUCCAAAAAGCCUGGACCAAUCGCCAAGUCGUCCGUGAUCCUUGAUGUCAAACCAUGGGACGACGAGACAGACCUCAAAGAGAUGGAGGAUCUCGUGCGCGGAAUCGAGAUGGAUGGCCUCGUUUGGGGUGGAGCCAAGCUCAUUCCCAUUGGAUAUGGCAUCAAGAAGCUGCAAAUCAUUUGCGUGAUUGAAGACGAGAAGGUUUCCGUUGACGAUUUGAUCGAUAAGAUCACAGGCGAUUUCGAAAGCCAUGUUCAAUCUGUGGACAUCGUUGCAUUUAACAAGAUUUAA